AUGGGUGUUACAAGCUUCAUGACCCGCUUCAAGGGUGGUGAGGACUCUCAGUUCUCCUCCCAGGCUCCCACUCCUGCCCGUGCCGACUCGACCAGCGCCGAGAAGGAUGAGGGCAUCAUCGACGACAGCCCCGUCAAGUACCUGACCUGGCGCUCCUUCAUCCUCGGCCUGUGUGUCUCCAUGGGUGGUUUCAUCUUCGGUUACUCGACUGGUCAAAUCUCGGGUUUCACCAGCAUGACUGAUUUCAAGACCCGCUUCGCCGAAUAUAAUGCCGCCACCGGAGAAUAUGCUUUCAGCAACGUUCGCAACGGUCUCAUUGUUGGUCUGCUCUCGAUCGGUACUAUGAUUGGUGCCCUGGUCGCUGCCCCCAUCGCCGACAAGAUUGGCCGCAAGCUCUCGAUUUCCUUCUGGGCUCUCAUCAACAUCGUUGGUAUCAUCGUCCAGAUUGCCACCAUCGACAAAUGGUACCAGGUUGCUCUCGGUCGCUGGGUCAUGGGUCUCGGUGUCGGUGCUCUGUCCAGCGUCGUCCCCAUGUACCAGUCCGAGUCGGCUCCCCGCCAGGUCCGUGGUGCCAUGGUCAGCGCCUUUCAGUUAUUCGUCGCCUUCGGUAUCUUCAUCUCUUACAUUGUCAACUACGGUACCGUCCAUGUCAACUCCAGCGCUUCGUGGCGUAUCACCAUGGGUAUUGGUUUCGCCUGGCCUCUGAUUCUGGGUAUCGGUACUCUGUUCCUGCCCGAAUCUCCUCGGUUUGCCUACCGUCACGGCCGUGUUGAGGAGGCCCGCGAGGUCAUGGCCAAGCUCUACGGUGUCCCCACCAACCACCGCGUUGUUGCUCAGGAAAUGGCUGACAUGAAGCAUAAGCUCGACGAGGAGAAGUCCGUCGGCAAGGCUCCCUGGCACGAGGUUCUCACCGGUCCCCGCAUGUUCUACCGUACCAUGCUUGGUAUUGCUCUGCAGUCUCUGCAGCAGCUGACCGGUGCCAAUUUCAUCUUCUACUACGGUACCAGCAUCUUCCAGGGAGUCGGUUUGAGCGACUCCUUCGUUACCCAGAUCAUUCUGGGUGCCGUCAACUUCGGUAUGACUCUGCCUGGUCUGUACGUCGUCGAGCACUAUGGUCGCCGCAACUGCCUGAUGGUCGGUGCCGCCUGGAUGUUCAUUUGCUUCAUGAUCUGGGCUUCUGUCGGCCACGAGGUUCUGCACGCCAACCCCUCGUCUCACCCCGCCGGUGUUGCCAUGAUUGUCUUCACCUGUUUCUUCAUUGUCGGCUUCGCUACCACCUGGGGUCCCAUCGUUUGGGCCAUCUGUGGUGAGAUGUACCCUUUCCGCUACCGUGCUACCUGCAUGGGUGUCGCCACCGCUGCCAACUGGACCUGGAACUUCCUCAUCUCCUUCUUCACUCCCUUCAUCUCCAGCUCCAUUGACUUCCGUUACGGUUAUGUCUUCGCUGCCUGCUGUUUCGCCGCCGUCCUUGUUGUCUUCUUCUUUGUCAACGAGACCCAGGGCCGCACCCUGGAGGAGGUCGACACCAUGUACGUGCUGCACGUCAAGCCCUGGAAGUCCGCCAGCUGGGUUGCCCCCGAGGGCAUCGUGGCCGAUCUCCAUGGCCCCAUCGAGCCCAAGGAGGGUGCCGGCCAGCAGCAGCAGGAUGAGACUGCCCGCGCUGCUGAGAUCCAGGAGUAA